CACUGUAACCCGACUCCUGCAUUUGCGUUUGGGGCGCCCUCCCUGCGCCGGGGGCGGGAGCCCAGUGAGCGCAGAGCCCCGGCCCGCGCAGCCCAAGUGCCACAUCACUGCGCCCGCCGCCUGCCGCCCCGCCAUGCCGCCCCCGCUGCUGCUCCUCGCCGUCCUGGUCGUCGCCGCUGCCCGGCCGGGGUGCGAGUUUGACGGGAGCCUUGCCGGUGAAUGCCACAGGCCGCCAGCUGCAGACAGCGCCACCUGCGUGGACCUGCAGCUGAGGACCUGCAGUGACGCCGCCUACAACCACACCACCUUCCCCACCCCGCUGCAGCACCGGUCGUGGGAGGCGGUGGAGGCCAGCUCUGAGUACAUCCUGCUGAGCAUCCUGCACCAGCUCCUGGAGGGCCAGUGCAACCCGGACCUGCGGCUGCUGGGCUGUGCUGUGCUGGCCCCCCGGUGUGAGGGCGGCCGGGUGCGCAGACCCUGCCGGCACGUCUGCGAGGGCCUGCGUGAGGCCUGCCAGCCAGCCUUUGACGCCAUCGACAUGGCCUGGCCCUACUUCCUCGACUGCCACCGAUACUUCAAACGUGAGGAUGAGGGCUGCUACGACCCGCUGGAGAAGCUGCGGGGAGGCCUGGAGGCCGACGAGGCGCUGCCCUCCGGGCUGCCGCCCACCUUCAUCCGCUUCAGCCAUCACUCCUAUGCCCAGAUGGCACGUGUGCUGAGGCGGACGGCCACCCGCUGUGCCCACGUGGCCAGAACCUACAGCAUUGGGCGCAGCUUUGACGGCAGGGACCUACUGGUCAUCGAGUUCUCCAGCCGCCCCGGCCAGCAUGAGCUGAUGGAGCCCGAGGUGAAACUCAUUGGCAACAUCCACGGAAACGAGGUGGCGGGCCGGGAGAUGCUCAUCUACCUGACCCAGUACCUGUGCUCCGAGUACCUGCUGGGCAACCCCCGCAUUCAGCGCCUGCUCAACACCACUCGCAUCCACCUGCUGCCCUCCAUGAACCCCGAUGGCUACGAGGUGGCAGCCGCCGAGGGUGCCGGUUAUAACGGGUGGACGAGCGGGAGGCAGAACGCGCAGAACCUGGAUCUGAACCGAAACUUCCCAGACCUGACUUCUGAAUACUACCAGCUGGCGGGGACCCGCGGAGUGCGCAGUGACCACAUCCCCAUCCCUGAGCACUACUGGUGGGGUAAGGUGGCCCCAGAGACGAAGGCAAUCAUGAAGUGGAUGCAGACCAUCCCCUUCGUGCUCUCAGCCAGCCUUCACGGGGGCGACCUGGUGGUGUCCUACCCCUUCGACUUUUCCAAGCACCCACAGGAGGAGAAUAUGUUUUCUCCCACGCCUGAUGAGAAGAUGUUCAAGCUGCUGUCCAGAGCCUACGCCGAGGUCCACCCCAUGAUGAUGGACAGGUCAGAAAACAGGUGUGGAGGCAACUUCCUGAAGAGGGGAAGCAUCAUCAACGGGGCGGACUGGUACAGCUUCACGGGAGGCAUGUCCGACUUCAACUACCUGUACACCAACUGCUUCGAGAUCACGGUGGAGCUGGGCUGCGUGAAGUUCCCCCCCGAGGAGGCCCUGUACACGAUCUGGCAGCACAACAAGGAGUCGCUGCUGAAUUUCGUGGAGACAGUGCACCGGGGUAUCAAAGGCGUGGUGACGGACAAAUACGGCAAGCCAGUCAAAAACGCCCGGAUCUUAGUCAAAGGCAUUCGCCACGACAUCACCACAGCCCCAGAUGGCGACUACUGGAGACUGCUGCCCCCUGGUACCCACAUUGUCAUCGCCCAAGCCCCUGGCUAUGCCAGGGUCAUCAAGAAAGUCAUCAUCCCCGCCCGGAUGAAGAGGGCUGGCCGCGUGGACUUCAUUCUGCAGCCUCUGGGGGUGGGACCCAAGAACUUUCUUCCUGGGCUUCGGAGGACUGGGCCCCAUGACCCGCUGGGAGGUGCCAGCCCUUUGGGCGAGGGCAUGGAGCCCAACCCCGACCCGCUCCGGGCUCGCAGGCAGCCCUCGGCCGGUGGGAGUAAGCCCUGGUGGUGGUCCUACUUCACAUCACUGAGCUCCCACAGGCCGCGCUGGUUGCUCAAGUACUAGCCCGGCCCGAGCAUCCACCUGGAUAUGGGGGCCCAGGCCCACCUCUGCGUCCUGGGCUCCUGGCUCUUGAUUUUGUCUGCCACACACAUCCCACAAAGCCGCUGCCGUUUUAUUAAAGUGUUUUUUAUCCACUUUC